AUGAGAGAAGAUGUAUUUUCUGGUGAGGUAGAUAGCACUGAACAAUAUUCAUCUGAACCUAUAGUACAAAGAUAUAUUCCACCAUCAAUAAGGGGAAAUAUUAGGAGAAGACAGUUUAUUGAAAAUCAUUUUCAACAUAAUACUCAUUUAAAAAGUAAAAUCUUUCCGCUGAGCCGUUGUCAGCUGUCAAAUAAUAACAACUAUAUAUUACAAUUUUCACCAAUAUGGAAUAAAUCACGGGAAGUACUGUGA